AUGCUGCCAUAUCUCAACUACCCAUUUGAAUAUGUCGCAGGAAAGAUAGGCGCCUCGACAGACGAGUUUGGGCUCUUUGACCUUUGGGGUGGACUUGUAGUUGUCCUCUUCGAUGCCAUCGGUACAUACCUGAUCGCUGCCUAUAUCGAAGGCCCAUAUAUGCCAUGGCUUGGCUUUGUGUUCCUUAUGGGCCACAUGUCCGUUAGCCACAUCUACCGCAUGAUCGCAGACAGCCCGAGCUCCGUGGACAUCACUGGAGCCCAGAUGGUCAUGGUCAUGAAGUUAUCUGCCUUCUGCUGGAAUGUCUGGGAUGGCAAGCAAAAAGACUCCGACCUUAACGAUGUCCAAAAGGAGCGCGCCAUCAAGAAACUACCAGAUCCGCUGAGCUAUGCCGGCUUUGUCGCUUUCUUCCCAUCACUCUUUGCCGGUCCUGCUUUCGACUAUGUCGACUACGAGCGAUGGGUCACGACAACUAUGUUCGAUCUACCGCCCGGAAUGGAUCCUGCAAAAGCACCCCCGACACGCAAGAAGCGCAAGAUUCCACGCAGUGCGACACCGGCCAUGUUCAAGCUCGUGACUGGAGUCAUCUGGAUUGUAGCCUUCCUCCAGUUCUGGGGCUCAUUUGGACCAGAAGUGCUGCUGGACGACCACUUCAAAGACAGGAACUUCUUCAUGCGUGUCUUCUACCUAUACAUGAUGAACUUCGUCCAGCGCAUGAAAUAUUAUGGAGUCUGGACCCUGACUGAAGGCGCUUGUAUUCUGGCUGGCAUCGGUUUUAAGGGAAUCGAUCCAAAGACAGGCAAGGCUGAUUGGGGCAGGCUCACCAAUAUCAAGCCACUGGGUGUUGAGUUGGCACAGAACACUCAUGCUUAUCUUGGCAAUUGGAACAUCAAUACCAACCACUGGUUGAGGAACUACAUCUACCUCCGAGUCACUCCCAAAGGCAAGAAGCCAGGCUUCCGAGCAAGUAUGGCCACGUUUGUCACUAGCGCCUUUUGGCAUGGCUUCGCACCUGGAUACUACCUGACAUUCGUCCUGGCAAGCUUUGUGCAGAAUGUUGCGAAGAGUGAGUUUCCUUCUAGACCUACUACUUCAUACGCUAACGCAUCUUCAGACGCUCGUCGCCUACUACGUCCGUUCUUCAUGACACCAGAUGGCUCGAAACCGACCAAGUACAAGCCCUACUACGACUUCUUCACCUGGGUAGUAACACAGCUCGCAUUCUCCUUCGUCACCACACCCUUCAUACUUCUCACCAUACACGACAGCUUGCUAGCCUGGGGCCGCGUUUACUUUUACUGCGUCAUCGGCGUUGCUCUUUGCAGCGGAUUCUUGGUCACGCCAGGUAAGACGUGGCUUGCAAGAAAGGUCAAGGCCAGAAGCACACGGCCUGAACUCAAGAAAACCGAUAGUAUGGAAAGCUUGCAAGGAGCGACGUUGGAGGUCAAGAAGCGGAAGGGAAGCCAGUCACUGCCGGAUGCUGCUGAGCUGAGGCAAAGAGUGGCCGCGGCCUUGGAGAGGAAGACGGAAGAUGUCAAAGAAGGUGCAAAGAAAGAGUUGUGA